AUGUACAAGAACCGUUCACGAGGCCUGAAGCGCGUUGCGUCGGUCGUGGGAGCGUCCACGUCGUCGGCGUCGAAUCUCGGUGAAGACAAAAGCAGCUUCUCCAGGCCGCCUAACCAACAAAGAUCGCCUCUGAAGGAGGCUUCCAGGCAGAAUGUUGAGGAAGAGGAGGACGACGACGAUGUCAGGCCCCCUCCAGCCAAAAAGGCACACAAUCCAGUCUCUCAGGUCGAGAAGAAACCUGUCAAAAGCACUCGGGAGGAACCGAAGAGUCAACCGAAACCGAAGACUCAACCAAAGAUGAAAGAAAGGGUGGAGACCACUCAGAAGCCAAGGCCUAGCAGAUCAUCAAGAGAACGCGGCACGAAAUCCAGUCUCUUGAGUAAUUGUGUGGACAUUGACGCUGACACCUUGUAUGCAGUCUUCCCCACGAAAUUUGAGGAGCUGGUGACUAAGAGUGGCUUCAAACUGCAGGACGGAGAUGAACCUUUCUUACUGAGGAAGGACCAAGCUGUAUUUGUUCGCAACUUGACUAUUUUACUAGCGGAGAAAGAUGACAACCCCGAUGAGUUCUUGGAAGGCUUUGAAAAAUACAUUGAAAACAGGCAGAACUUCAGGAAGAUGCUGCAUGAAACACAAACGGAUCCAGAUUUUGAAGAUGCUCGCAGCUCUCAACAAGACAGUCUCAUUCGUAUGUUACUUUCUGUGGAAUCAAUUCAACCCAAAGUAAUAGUUCUGCUCAUCCAAAAAUUGGUGGAGCUAAUUCAAAGGGAUAAGAAGGAAAUCGAGGAAGAUGAUGUUCCAUGGGUUGAGCUGAUUGUGAAAAGAUUUUGUUUUCUUGACCAGUUAGUGGAUGGAACUGCUCUGUUCAAUGAUAUCUUCAGACUUCUGCAAAUAGCUCCUGUGUCUGUUCAACAAGAAAUUAUUUACAAUUUGCCUUCCAUCAUGGGUGACGCUCAUCAUGAUGAAGUGGCUGAGCGGCUACUGAACCUUAUGGAAUCUAAGCGAGACUUGACUCGGGCUGUGCUGGAAGCCCUUGGCAGUUUGCCUUUAUCACCAACCCAAAGUGCUGACAUACGAAACCAAAUGAUGCAAUCACUGAAGAAUGCUCCCAUUGAAUUCAUUCCAGACAUUGUGAAGUUUGUAGCUCUUGAACAAUGUACAAAUCAUGAUGAGAUUAUUAAUGGCCUAAGAAGCAGUCUACCAUUUACAAAAUUACAUGCCAAACUACUUGCAGAAAAGGCAGCCCGUGAAAAGAAUGUGUCUGAUUUUCAGGCUGAAUUUGCUUCUACAAUAUCUCUCACUUUCCGCAAUUUGAGGGGUGCCUUCUUGUCCAUCCCUUCUUUAGCAAGUGCAUGGUGCAAAAACAUAAAAGGCAUACUCUCACCUAAUGAUCACCGACCUUUAGACAUUAUGAUUCUUCUCUUGAUGCAUUGCAAAGCAAGUAAUCGUAGGAAACAGGUUGAGUUGGUGUGGCGGAAUCGCAUCAAAACUAAAAUGUUCACCCAUACCUUGCUUGUAGAAACAUUUCAAGUUAUGAUAGUUGUUCUAAAAAAGUACAAAGAUGAUGUCCUCAAUGUUGCAUCAAUUUUACUCAGAAACUCUGAUUUAUCAGUUCGUGAAUAUGGCUGCUUGAUGUUUAAAUUGUCAUUUGUCCAUUUUGAAUCCCAUAUUAGACACCAAGUGGUGUCAGAUCUUAUUCUCCAUGUUGGUUCAGGAGAUACGCAUGCUCAAGUUGCUCUUGAUGUUUUGUUAGAGCUGGCAGGGGAUCACCUUGACAAACUGAGCAGACUUACUAUCCUCCUUCAGAACCUUCUUGACAAUCUAGACAAACUUAGUUUACAAGGUGUGAGGCAGAUGAUGGACCUGCUUUGCAAGAUGGCUUAUGCACCAGAAGUUGUGGAUACCGGAGUGGUAGGUACUCUUGGGGACAACAUUUCCAUAAUUGUCCAUAAGCAGCUUGCUUCUUUUGAGCCAAUGCUGAAGAGGAAAGGUGUUGUCAGUGCCGUGAUGAUGCUUAAAUAUAUGGCCGGAGUCGGACUUGACUUUACUAACUCUAGUGUAGAAAACCACAGUUUAGAGAGUUUACCUGCUGGUAGACCUAAGGAAGCAGGCAAUCUUCUAGAUUUGGUAAUGAGAAGCACUCGAUCAUCACCUGAAGUCCUUGGAUACUGCCUGGAUCAACUAUCAUUUAUGGUGUACCGUUGUGAUACGCUAGAUCCGAUAUUUCUACAACACUUUGUUGAUAAAAUGGAAGAUUCAUUCAUGGCCAGUUUCUUACCUGACGAUUGUAAUAUUCCAUCCACUAGUCGGGGAAACAACCUAGAAUUACGCAUGACAGAUCAAUACGGCUUGGACAAGGAUUCGGAGGAGCCUAUUGCUUUAGGUGUUGGAGUCCUUGUCUUGAAGGAUGCCCGCAACUCAAAAGAAGGCAGCAACCGACAGUCCCAUGAUGGCACCUAUCCAUUGUUGGUUUUAAACUCACUAUUUCGGUUGCUAAGGGUCCUAAAAUUUCGGACUGGUGAUGAAAAUUUGGAGGGCAUUGAUGCCCUUCUUGGGUGUGCUGUUAACAUGCCUUCCCAUGAGACCAUUGUAGACUUUAACACAUGUGGUCCUUCCCAACAAGCUGACAUUGUGGAUUGCUUAUUCUAUUGUAUCAACUGGUUCCGUGAAAUUAUCAAUGCGUUUUCCAAUACUAAAUCAGAGGCUUACUUGGAGAAAGUUAUGAUCCGAUUGAGAAAUUUAGUUGCUCUACAAGGCAUAUUGUCAAGGCUUAUUGGCAAUACUAUGAAUUAUACUCCUCCACAAUGUAUGUUUUAUGAGAAAGUCAAGAAAAUUCAAUUGAAGGGACUCUCUGAAAAACCCAAGAAAAAAGGUAAAGCCAAAGGAAAAAAGGCCUCUAAAAAGAAAAUGAAUGAAUCAUCUGCCAUUGAUGAAACAACAAAUAUCAAUGAAGACUCUGAUGAGGACGAGAAAGAGAAGGAGGAGGAGGGUGCUGGACCUGUCGAUUUAUCUCGGUACCGCAGCUUUUUACGGGAGCUUGACCUGGAUGUGUUUGGUCUUAUGAAAGAGGAUUUGGUAAUGACUCCACCUCCAGAACGUGGAGCAGACUCUACAGCUGAUUUAGGACCUGCAGAAUUACGCUUUUUGUUAGAGGAUUAUGUUGCCAAGCUGGAACACUCAUUCCCUUCAGGCAAAGCUAGUCGUUUUGCCCAAAUGAAGGCUGGAGGAGAAUCCCAAUACAAUUUUGCUGUGUGGGACCUUUUGCCUGUUCUGGAAAAGGCAACCAAUGCUGUAUCCAUGCUCCCAAUUUUAUGUGAGAAGUUGGAGCAAAUUGGAGAAAGUUGCAGGAAUCUACUUGAUGCCAAUGAUGGCGUCAUAGAUGGACCUGGCAUGUUUGUAGAGGGAACUUCCAAUGUGAAAAUCUGCUUUGCUCUGAUUUUAAGAGCCAUGUCAUCAACAUUUGCGUGGAAUGGUUUCCAUCACUCACAGAAUUCUGAAUUACUUCUGAAGGGCUUAAAAGUUCUUGCCACUCGACUUGAUUCAUCAAAGAAGCGAUCAUCUGUAUUUCCAUUAAUAGAGGAUGCUGUGGACUAUCUUAAACGUUUCCAUGAAUGGAUUCUUCAUCUGGAUGCUGGUGUGCAUCUAGUCAAAUUACUCCAAGUCUUUGGCAUGUUGUGGGAUAUAAACAUUUCUCGGAUAUCUGGACGUCAGACUCGAGUCAACCCAACCAAAGAAAUCUUAAAGGAUGUAUGUGCAGCCUUCCUGCAUCGCCCUUGGUCUACAUUAGAUGGUGCAACUGAGAAGGGAACAGCAUACACUCUUCAAGUAGAACUCCUCGCUCGAGUUUACUUUGAAAGUGUUGAAGAUAAGUUGGAUGUAUUGCAAGAGUUGGUACCCAAACUCUACAAUGAGUCAAGAGAACUAACAAACAAAGAAUCAGCUUUUGAAACUUUCCCAGCUGUUAGCAAGUACAAUUUUUAUGUGUUGUGCAGAGUAAUGUAUUCUGCACUUGCCAAAGGAAUUCAGUCUGAAAUGUCAAAAACUGAUGAUAUUGUUCAGCAAAUGAAGGCAUGGACAACAGUUUUUAAGGUCUUGGGGGGAAUGGUUGACAUCACACAGAAAUUCACAGCAAGGCCUUAUCUAGCAGCUAUGUUAAAACAUGGUCAAGUUCUCCUCAAAUACUUCCUUGAUAAAGGAAUGCCUGUGCUUGAAAGCUGCCUUCGCAAUAACACCGAGGAAGUUAUGGCAAUUUUGCGCAGUUCUCAAACUUUAACAAGAUUUAUUAACAAAAUCUGUUUGAGUUGCAAGACCAGCCAAGAUUCUGCUUUAACAGCUCAUGUGCCGAAGAUUCGUGGCACAAUGGAAACCAUAUUGUAUCGAGUCAAGGGCAUGUUGGCUUUAAACAACAUAGAAUCAGCCUGGCAUAUGGGCAAUCUGAGGAACCGUGAUGUCCAUAAUGUUGAAUUAAAUACUCAGGAGAGUAACGAAGAUGAUGAAGAAGUACCUGAAGAAGAUGAAGAAGGAGAUGCUGAUGUAACUUUGUUGGAUUCGGGUAGUGAUGAUGAGGAAGAUCAGCGAGUAAAAGGGAAGAAAAAAAAACGACAGGGCCGAAAGAAGAACCGCUCAAGGAGGUCUGGGUCGGGAUCAGAGGAUGAAGAUGGGGAGGAAGACAGUGAAGAAGAUGAAGGGGAAAACACCUCAAUUAGUACAGCUUAUUAAAAAAAAAUUUUUGUUCUUGACCUUGAAUUGUGGUUUCUAUAUUACUAGGCAGUAAACUGAACUGUUAAUUUUACGCAUUUCAUGAUGAAAUUUUUGCCAUUUUGUAAAAGGUGCUAUUAAAAAGGAUGGAUUUUAAUUUUUA